CCGCAGUUCAGCACGCCUUGAUGUUAGCAGCACUGUAUCUCUGAUGAAACCCGUUCGGCUUUGCACGUACCGCCCAUCCGUCACAACGAGACAUCCCAAUUCCCAAUACACUCCGUCUUGCUUCGCCGAAUUGAGGCCGCACCAGUAUUCGCGUUUGGCGCUAGCAUAACAUGCCGCUGGAAGAUCAUGACACAGGAGAGAAGCGUCAGUCUGUCUGGUCAAUCUUCUGGCUCGAAGAAGGGCCAGAGCCUCAUGUCUUACCACGCCGCACCAAAGCAGUCUUUACAGCGGUUUUCGGCUCUCAAACGACAGUUCCUAUCAUGUGUACAGAGCAUGUGGGCAACAAUCGGCUUGGCCUGGCGGAAGCCACCGUUAGUCCAACAUGCGGACUCUAGCCACCGCCGUGGGAUGUCCGUAAUCUCGAAAGAUCAGCCGAUGGACCUUUGCACUUUCAGUACGCCCACACGACGAGAUAGCGCACCUGUAUCAUGGGAAACACCACCGCGUCCCUCCGAAUGGAAGCGAGGGGCACACCAGACGCCUGAAUGGCAUCAUAAUACUGACCAAGAGAUGCGGCAAUACAUUGAAGCCGAGUAUUGGCAGAGCAAACGGGGGAUCCAACGGCCGCCUUCAAGAAAAGUAACUGGGUCAAGCGCCGUUCGGCAGCUGAAAACCUUCGAUACAAGCCCUCCGAGAAACAAUUCCGAGGGUCGAGAGCAACCCAUGCGUCUCAGGCCUUGGCUGCCACAUAAAGUGGAACCAUUGCAGCAAACACGCCAUAGCAAAGCUUCCGCCUAUUUACCCCAUGACUCCUCCGCCAUUGAUGAUGACUCGGAGGAUGUAGUAGACGCUGUACUCCAGUUCCAAAAGAUAUCCCCGAAAACGCCGCCCUCGCCGCUCCAAUGGAUUCGAAAUCUAGUGGUCACUGAGGAGAUCCCGAAUUGUGACGAGCUGCGGCGGGAAUUUAUCCGCAAGGAACUGGAGGUUAUUUCCCCAGCAAUGGUUCAAGAACGCAAAGUCAAUCGGGGGCCGUUCGACAGUUUCGUGGGCGAUAGAAAGUUCCUGUAGCGAUUCUAUCUUGUUAUUGUAACUGAAAUUGCCUUUUCGAACAUGAAGGGAGAGACCAUAUGUGUUUCGGCUAGAGAAGCAUUUACAAUAUCCGGCGUUCCAAAAAAAUUGCCUUUAUAUUGCCUUGACAGAGUGUCCCACAUUGGCCCUACAUUUCGGAUUAUAGUCAAUCUGAUAUCACAUGGUCACUAAUUUGCCAAGUAUCUGCUGUAUUCUAGGGGGUAAUUCUGUGAAAUAUUAGUCUUGGAAGGCUGUGAGCCUUUUGAAGCACAA